AUGACAAGCGUUGACAGGUCAGAACAUUUAGGUGUCUUGCAUCAUCAACCGAAUUUACCUCAAUAAGGCGUGAGUAAGUCGCGCGCGUGUGCGCGUCGGAUCAGCAAGAUUGAGGUGGUGGCCGGGUGCGGUUGGGGCAGGCGCGCGCGCGUGCGCCCGUUGCACGCGCUGGGCCGCGCGGCCGGUAUGUUGGCUUCGCAGCGCUCGCAGUCCUGCAACGAAGAGGGUGCGUUCUUCGGGGCGCGUGCGCUGCGCCGGCCGCGCGGCAAGGGCAGCGGAAGUCCCACUUGCUAG